AUGCAAGCCGCAAGGGUCAAGAGGCAGAAGGUGAGCGUCGCAUGCCAACCGUGCCGCCUCCGGAAGACCAAGUGCGAUGGCCGCGGACCAGUGUGUCAACCCUGCCAGAAAAAAGCCGGAACUGGCCUGAAGUGUACCUGGAAGCUCAGCACGGCGCCUCCGCCUGCACCCUCAUCUACGAACACAGAACGUAUCCAAGCAGCCGGAGCACAGGCUCCGCUCCCACCUCCCGCCACUUCGCUUGAGGGUUCUCAGCCACCGGCCGCGCUCGCUCCUCGAGAGUCACCUUCCGGCCGGAUACAGCCCACUGUCUAUCAACCCACUUUUACUCACCCACCUCAGUCCCCCCUUGUGCCGGGUUCUCAGCCGCGCGAUGCCGGCGAGCGUACCUUUGCAGGACUCCGCGAGGGUCAGGGUUCUGCACUGGUACCACAACAUGUGUCUCCUUCGGAGCAGUCUGUCCAUGCCAUUAUUGGCGCCGCUCUGGAAGAAGACAAUGGAGCAGGCUUUUUUGGCAGCUCCAGCGCGGGCACUUUUAUGCAAAGUGUCAAGAAAAUGAUUCAGCAAAAAGUCAGUGGUGCCACACAACCGGAAGACCAGCCCUUGAACGAAAACCCACAACUUCGACACUUACCGGCCUCCGGCAAUCCCCAAAUCACGCAGAAACACUUUGACUAUGUCCUACCCUCUCGACGGAGGGCAGACCAUUUGAUGUCUGUUUACUGGGAAUUCGUCCAUGUCCUGUACCCGUACCUGGACAAACUCCAGGUUCAAGAGGAUUAUGAGAAACUAUGGAAAGGCGAUGCUGGACCGAAUGAAGAUGAGCGGUCUUUCCUGUGCUUACUUAACACCAUGUUUGCACUGUCCAGUCAAUUGGAUGAGUCAACCCCGAUUGAAGAGCGAGAGCAGCUUGCUCAAGCUUACUACACCAGAGCUCGAGGCUUGCUGGAUAUCGUCGAGGGCGGAUCAGUACGCUCGGUACAGGCUUUCUUGCUUCUGGCGCAAUACUUCCAAAGUACUAAUCAACCCCAUCCAUGUUGGAUGUUUGUUGGGCUUGGUAUACGCACCGCACAGAGCCUGGGGCUUCAUUUGCCGGAGACUAGUGAACGUGCCGCCGAUGUCCGUACACGAGAGCUCCUGCGCAAGGUUUGGCAUGGGUGUAUCCUCAUGGAUAGGGUCAUCUGCAUGACUUACGGUCGUCCUUGCAUGGUAGGUCCGAAAGCCGCCGUUACGGUGCCCCUUCCUCUGGCGAUCGAGGAGGAGGAUCUUAUGCGCAGCACUUCCCGGGAACAAGUCGUCGAAUUGCAGCGAUCGUCGGCAGUUGAGUUCUACGUCCAUUCACUUCAACUGUACACAAUUUUGCACGAUGUAUUGUUCAAUUUCUAUUCUGUCAACUUUCAACAAACUCGUCCCCUGGACGCCGACAAAUACUUCGGCUCCUUAAGUGAAGGACAAUCCUCGGUAUUUGAGAUUGAACAUCGACUGUUCAAAUGGGAAAACAGCAUCCCCGAUCACUUGAAGAUGGCUUCGAGGCCGCAAGUCGAUAGCAUACGAUCCCAGCUAUAUCGCCAGGCCGUAAUCUUACAUCAAAGGCAACUACAUGUCCGGUUGUUACUCUUAAGACCCGUGCUGUCGAGUUUCAUCACCACGGAAUUUUACAAUGGAGAUCGCUCUAUUGCCUUCGCCAGUGUCCUAUCCCGUAGAAUCUUUCUACAGUGUGCAAUCGUUUGUGUCCGCGUCGCACUGGAAGCUAUCCACGUCAUCCAUCAAAAAAGAGGCCGCGAUGCCGGGGAUAUUGGAAAUCUGGCAGCAUGGUGGUAUAACGUGCUUUAUCUAUACACAUCAGCAACGGUGCUCAUCGCCGCUCGCCUUAGUCCUACCAUCUUGGUUGAUGUCUCUGAGGAAUCGAUUCUUGAUGGCUGGCGCAAGGCCAUGGAACUCCUCGACUGGUACGGCCCUUUCGGCCCAUCCAUCAAGCGUCUUACGACAAUUCUGCGUCUCCUUUCCGACGCCGUUCCGCAACAAUAUUCCCGCUUCAAAGGCAACUCCCAACAGCCUCCAACGAAUGUAGUGUCAGUUACUCAGAAUCUCGCCCAGCGCUCGCCAUCCAUGCCACCUUGGAGGCCAUCAGAGCCAGUAGACAAUGCGCCAGUGGCCGUGGAUGAUACAGCAGGCGCUGCUGCGCAAGACGAUGUUUACCUGUUCUCUAACGACCCUUUCCUUGAUUUUGACUCGGUGUUUGAUCCCAACGAUCUUUCCUGGCUGAUGACGAUUCCGCUGGACAGUUGA